AUGUCCAUCUUCUCGCGCAUGAGAAAGAGCCGCCAGCAGGCCAAGGAGCACAAUGCGAAGCUCGCUGAGCAAGAGAAGAAGGAAAUUGAAAAGACUCCCUACAGGCACGUCCCCACACACGCCGCCACGGAUGCCAUCGCCAGCGCGCCGCCCAGCUGGCGAGAGGACGACCGACAGAAGAUACAGGAGCAGAACCGCCGGAGGAGUGCCAUGGCUGCGUCCGGCCACCACAUGAACAUGCCCGGCGCCCCUCGCGUUGGCAGCAGCCUGUCCCAUGUCUCGUACCCCACGGACAAGAGCGUCACCCCCAUGGUCCGCCUGCCCCGAGCGUACAGCUACACGGGUGUCUCACCCUACUCGGCAGGCUACAGCCGGGACAUUGCCCACUCAAUGCCCGAUGUUGGUUCGCAGUUUACGGCCUACGCCGCCUCGGCCAAGGGCAAAGAGGUCGUCAGAGUGUCCGUGUCUGGCUACAACACAUCGAGGACCAGCCCAACUUCCUCUCAAGAAGAAUCAGAGAGCUCCAGCGGCUCUACGAGUUCUCAAGAUGACCUCGAGAUGAGACUUGCCCGCCCUCCCGUGGUGCGGCCUCCCCCGCCUCCCACGGCGGCCGAGAGGGCCAGUCGUCGACCGCGGCCGGGCCAUCGCCGCACGUCCGACUCAUCCAUUGAGCGAAUUGCCAUGGCAAACUCGGCAAAGGGAGCCGCCCGAGAUUCCCGCCCUCCCACGUCCAUGAGAGGCUUCGGCUCCAUUGCGUCCAUUGCGCCCAUUGUCAACGCACCCACCCCAAUCCUGCGCAAUUACACCCUUCCGCAGGUUGAUUUGCCCGAAACGUCUCUUGCCAGCUCCCUCAAUGCCAGCCUCAACACCUCGGCUACCACUCUUGUUUCUACUUCCGCUCUUGCAUCGACGGACCGCAACCCCUCUCCGGAACAUAACAGCAGGGCUUCCAAGGAGCGCAAAGCUGCCAAGGUGACUCGAUUCACAGAGCUGGAACGGAUCGAGUCUGGUGCUGAAGCGUUGGCGGCUGCAAAGUCUGAGAGCGAACGUCAACCUGUCACUGCUCCUGCUCCUGUUGCUGUUACUCCUACCCCCAAAGCUGUCCCAACGCCCGACCCAGUCCUUACUCCCGUUGUCAAGCAGUCCAUCAUCAUCAACGUCUUCCCAGAAGAAGAUUCGGUGCCAGAGCCCGAGGCCACCAAAAAGUCAAAGAGAUUUUCCAAGAGCAGCAGCAAGCUUGCCAAGAAAUCCCGUUGGGCUAGCUCAAAAGCGCCUGCUGUCACUGUUUAG